ACCAGUUUGUUGUCCCACAUGAGAAGUCAUGAAGGGAAAACAUCACAUGCUUGUAAAAAAUGUGGGAAAUACUUUAGUUAUAAGUCUCACUUAUUUACCCACAUGAGAACUCACACAGGUGAGAAUCCCUAUUCUUGCAAGCAAUGUGGGCUGAAUUGCAUUAGUAAGGGUUCCUUAGUGGUACACAUGAGAACUCACACAGGUGAAAAGCCAUAUUCUUGUAAACAGUGUGGGAAGAGUU